UCAAACACGCGUUAAUCUCACUGAGAGUUUCUUGUAGUACACUUGAUGCAAGACCAGACUUGUUUUUCAGACGUUUCGCUCAGCUGAUUUCCAAAAGAGAAAAAAAAUUGUCAACUUAUAAGCAUAUAAGGACCUAUGAUGGACGAGCUUGACGUUUUUUCAGCAAUUGUCCACAAGAGGGAUAUUCCAAGCAGCAUAGCUCAGACUGCACAGGAACUCUUACACACAUGGAGAUGUCAACGUAACACUGAUACAGAUCCAGAAUUGGCUUCAUACGCUGUGUGUGCUUUGUUCACUGCCAGCAUAAUGCACAGAAAUGCGGAGAAUCAAGAGAGCAUUCCUGAAGGAAUUCCAACACUGUCUGACCUUCUAGAGGCUGGAUAUGUGCACAUCAAGCAUUUUUUUGACCGGAUGGGGAGGUUACAGUCUGAACACAGUUUUCAUCAGUCUGUCAAGCCAAGCCUGAAGGCAACCAUGCAGAAAUACUGCGUAACAAGUGCACUCUAUCACAAGUUUCAACAGCUUCUGCAGCAAGUCUUCACACAUGACCCCGGUAGUCCAUUAACUUCUGAGAUUGAUAGGUCAGAGGUCAACCCAGCUCGGCCCAACCGCAAACGCAUCUGUUGGACAUUAUUUCUCCUUGCGAAAGGGAGUUUACGGCAAGCAGCUAACGAGCUAGUCAUGCCUCUUCAUCUUCUCAUCUGCUGCAUAGAGUACAUCGUCAAACUCUCCCCGGCUUUUCUGCUACAAGAACCUUUCUAUUCAGCCCAUUAUUCUCAAGAAUCAGAGGAUGCCAUCCUGCACGUAUUAUGUGAGGAGAUGGGUUGCCUUGAUGACAUCACUGAUGUAGCGUCGGUCCGAGAAGCUUGCCUGGUCCCCAUUCUGGGGGCUAUACCCAGAGAGAGACUGAACCAAGGAUUGGAGGGUUUGCCGGAGCUUGAGUUCUUGCAAGAGCAAUAUCAGCUCAUGUAUAUGACAGCUGGCGACAUCGAUGAAAGGUUGUUCCUUGAUACCACCUCGCACCUGUUUGUGCAGAAGGUUCCAACCUCAGAGCCCCCUGCUUCCCCUGACAGCAGUCGAGAGAAUGACGCCCCCUCAACUGCAGUGAUGACUCCUGUGAAGCGAGCCAUCAAUUCAGUGCAGAGUUUGAAGUCGCUGCUAUCUGAAGCUGGGGAUUCUCCAUCAUCACCACUCACCAAAUAUUUCAAGAAUUGCAAUCAAGAUCCUAGUUCCAGCAUCAAUGAACGAGUAGCUGCUUUGAAAGACAGCUACAUUCAUCACUUCAAGAGGGUGAUGGGAUCCCCCUCAGCAGGAGUGGCACGGUCCAGAUUCCAGAUUGGUGUCAGAUUGUACUACAGGGUUAUGGAGGCCAUGCUGAGAAGGGAAGAGGAGAGGUUAUCCACCAGGGAUUUUUCCUCGUUGCUUCUCAGUGACCUGUUCCAUAAGUCACUCCUUGCUUGUGCUUUGGAAGUAGUCAGUGUAACUUAUGAAUAUUCACCGAGUGAAUUUUCCUCAAUGCCAGGCAACGCAUCUCGGCUCUUGUUUCCAUGGAUACUAGAUGUCUUCUCCCUCAAGGCCUAUGACUUUGGCAAGGUUCUGGAGAGCUUUGUCAAGGAUGAACCCAAGCUGACCCAGGAAGCUAAAAAGCAUCUGCAGUCCAUUGAGACAAGGAUUGUAGAAAGUAUGGCGUGGGAGGCAACAUCACCACUUCAUGAUCUCUUCAGGGCUGCCGGGACCUCAUUGCAGGUUGCUUUACCAGGGGUUUCUAGCACGAGAGCCAAUGGUUUGAGCACACCCAGGACAACAGCAGCAGAUAUGUACCUGUCGCCAAUUAGGCCAGCCCCACAGGUGCCUAACUCCAGCGAGGCAACACCCCCUCUCUCUACCCUGGCCAGCCCCCUGGCUAGGCCCUCUCAGCACCCACAGGGGGGCGGAACCAACCCUUCUCCUCAGCCAAGUAAUAUUCCCAUGUCUCCCAGGAGGACACGGUCAGUGUCGCUCAACAUGUUCCUGAACAAGGUUCAACAGCUGGCAUACGGUCGGUUGGAGAGACUUUGCGGGAUGCUUUGUGUCUCUAAAGAUCUGGAGAAGUUUAUUUGGACAUGUGUGGAGUACUGUAUUACCAACAAGGCAGAGUUAUUGAAGAAUAGACACCUGGACCAAAUCAUUAUGAGCUGUAUCUAUGCAAUCUGUAAAGUAACAGACAGCGAGUUGAAAUUCAAAGACAUCGUCAAUGCGUACCGGACACUUCCCCAUGCUGAAGCAACGACAUACAGGAAUGUGGUUAUUGAUGGAACAAGGGAAGAUUCUAUUAUCAUGUUCUACAAUAAGGUCUUCAUGCCAGCCAUGAAAGCUUACAUUUUGCAAUUUCAACCCAAGAGCCAACAAACUCCCACUGCCUCACCUGCUCCUACAAGGUCUUCUAUUGUGUCUCAAGCUUCCCCAGGACUCAAGGUUGGUCCCAAUCUGUACAUCUCUCCAAUGAAGGAAUCUCCUUUUAAGAGCCCACAUCCUGUCCGAGUUGUCUCCUUUGGAUCACCAUGCCAACGUACUCCAAGAAAAAGGACAUUCUACAGCUUUGGUGAGGGCCCAGGGUCUUCAGAGAAGCUGCGUGAGAUUAAUGAAAGGAUGAAGGAGGCCAGCGUGGAGAGUAGGAACACUCGCUCCAUCACAUCCAAACGACUCAAAUUUGAAGAUGAAGAUGUUUCAGCUUCGUCAACAUCUCAAGAUGAUACUGACUGCCCUGUUGCUAAUGGAAGAUCGACAAGUAAUGGUGUGUCAUCCACCAAUGGUCACAUGACAUCACAUUCAGGAAAUGAUGAACCAAUAAGCACACAGCCUUUACCUCCCAGCAUGCAACACAGGGUAGCCAUGAUGGCGUCAGAGAGACAAGCAAGUCAUAGUCCUUCUGAGAUUGACGGUAGAGAAUAAACAAACCAUUGAAUCCUAGUCUUCCAACCAUAACAAGGAGAAGCAGACAACAGUCAACAAGGAAGAGCAGUAUUGCUUAGUAUCAAAUGUUUUCUUCUAUCACCAAUAUCAAUUUUGUGAUUCCCAAUCCAAAAUUUGUGCCAAACUAGAGAUAUUACCCAUAGUGUCUUUUGCAAGAUCUAACGUUUGGUCAGGGUAGAGGUGAACAAGGGAAAAAUCAGUUUAUUAUCGUAACUGGAAAUUAGUCAUGGACAGUUUUAGUUUCUUAGUUGACAAAAUGUCGUGGUAUUGCUCUGAAAGUCGUUGCUACAUGACUCUGAAAUGCUCCACUGUCGUGCCUUGAAGUGGAAUGAAAAUUUCCAUCAAAUGGAACCAGCCUGGUCAUUUUGAAGUAAUUGUUUUAACAAAUUAUCCAAUGCAGCUAUGCAAAAUUUGAAUUAGUAACAAGUAAUAAUGGUUUACAUUGCCUUUCAUUUUUAAUUGGCGACGAAAAAUGUGGCUACUUUUAGUUGUCAUUUUCGACAGAGUUCCACAAUUCAAACACUUCUGUAAAAGUUCCAAAAGUUCGCUGAAAUAUGAAUUUUGAUUGACAUUAAUUUCGUACAGUUCUGAUUAUUGUAAAGACAGAUUUCUUCCACAUGCUGCAGUCCGUUAUCUUACGUUGUACAGUUGUAGAUUUUCUUCUUUAAACCAACCAUGGACUGAAUUUUUGGUACCUCAUUUUUAAGAGCUAUUUUAAUUCAUCAAUUUCAGUGUAAAAUUCUUUUAAAAGAAACUGUCAUGAAUCUUGGACAUGGAUUUUGGUAUUGGUGUAGUGAGGAGUGUAACUAGGAGAGACAGAACUAUUCAGGGAUAAAGUAUAGAAUUGAGAUAGGAUUGUAUCAUAUAAAUUUAAUGAAAUGUAAUGUGCAGAAGAUGCGUGUUCACUUUAAUAGUUUCUAGAAUUUGGUCAUCAGAGAGGGCAUUCAGUUGACGUGUGUUUGUUUUUAUCUUGACACCUGUUUUAUCAUUGUUUAUUGCAUGCCCAGUUUGAACAGUGUGUGAAAUAUUCAUUUUCUUAAAAAGGUUCAUGAAUAAAAGUAACAAGCCAAACCGUUACAUCCAGCGCUGAACACAA